UUUGCUUUCCGAAUAGAUUAUUAGAAGAAACUAAAAAAGAUAACUGAAGUUUGAGUGUGUACAUGUGUAUCUUAUUUCCUCAGCACAGUAAUAUACUUGGAAUUGGAAAUUUCACACCUCAAAUUCCAAUUAAUCCCUUUUUUCUUUCUAUGGCGACUAACAGAUCCACACCUUCACAAUCACGUCUCUCCUCCAUGGAUUCUCUCUUCUACAAGGUUUGUUGAAAAUCCCUCUCUUUCAUGGAUUUCGAUAAUUGUCUCUUUUUGGUGCUCCUCUCCUCUGAUCUGAUCUGAUCUGAACCAUUACCAGUGUUUUUAGGGUUAGGGGUUUAUGCACCCUCAAACGAUUUUGUACAUCUUUGUGCUUUAGGGUUUUUGUAACUCGUUGUCAAGAUUCUCUCUUUUGUUUGAGAAAUUGCAAUAAAGCUGGAACGAAAUUGAAGCUUUUCAUUAUUUGAUAAGCAGAAACAGAACUAAGGGUUUUGUAGAUAUAAUGGAAUUUCGGAGAAAUGAAGGUUUCGCUAAGCAACCUUCAGAUCCCAGAUUAUUACGCGAUCAUAAGCGAUUGGAAUCGGUUCCUCCUGAUUCGUUAGAGCAAGUUGAUCGACGUGAGCCGCCUCUGCCUCUGCCCCCGCCCCCGCCUCCCAUUUGGUCACAGAGGAGUGUCAGUCCUCAUGGGUUGCCACAGGAUGCGGGUGUGAGUCAAAAGACUUCUUCAACUGAAAGGAGGGACCAUGGUUGGUCUAAUUUGGAUCGUGGGAGGACUUCUCGGAUCCGAUCGAGGUCGCCCCAGGCCAUGGUUUCUGGAGGAGAUGCUCGGAAAAGGUCUCACUUUGAUGAUGGGGUUGGCAUUUCGCCUCAAAAUUAUUCGCCAACACCUGCAACUGAGUUACGGCAGAGACGUGAAUUCACCGAGCCUUCAAAUUUAAAUUUGAAUAAUGAUGGUUCUGAUUUACAUGCUAGGCGCGUUUAUGGGUACGAGCAUAGUGAUCCUAGGUAUAGUAAAGAUGAAUUCAAUGAUAUCAGUUUGUCAGCAGGUGAUAAACAUCGGUCGUUAAGUAAAAAGUCAGUGGUUGUAGAAGACUCUAUGGAAAGAGGGCCGUAUUGUUCACCCCAAAAAAAUCCUGGUCGUAAUGCUAGUGGUCACCUGCCAUCAUAUUCACGGACUAUGGAUCCCCAGCAUUUUGAGCUUGAAAGACAUCAGUACCAGGAUCCUAUAAUUCUGAAUAGAUUACCAGUAACCCAAUCCUAUAAAGGCGGAGAGAAGCCUGCAUUUCAUCCAGGGGAUGCCUCCUACGUAACGAGGCAAGGAUCAAAUUCCAAGGGAAUUGCAAACUCCUCUUUGGGAACAUCCAGGAAUGAGUUUGUGGCUUAUCAAGAUGGCCAUACAAAUGAAUUAAAAAGUAGCAUAAAGCUCACUGAAGCCGUAGGUUUGAGUGGAUAUAAGGAAAGACCUAUUUUAGAUUUGUCAAGAGACCCUGAAGGUGGUCAGAGAAAUCAAAUAUUUUAUCAGAGGACAUGCAGUCCUGAUAGGGAUGAGCAUGAGAACUACAUAUUCACAAAAUCACAUGAAAUGGUAGAUGAUCAUGGAUUUCCAGCUGAUGCUAUGCGUAAAAUGAUGUCUCCACGAGGUGAACCAGACUAUAGUCAUACUCAAAUUAUUUAUGAUAAUAGAGACAUGUCAAGGCCUAGUAUUGCACGCCCUGCCUUAGACAGGAAUGAUAAUAUUGAUGAUCCUCGUGGAUAUAUUAGAAAGGACAUGACUAGCUACAAUCCUGCUUUAGACAAACAGUCAGAUCCAGACUACCUUGACAUGAGAAGAGCAUCACAUGUAUCAAAGCAGGGUAGAGAAUACUUGAGUUCUGGAUUUACUCAUGUUGAGGUUGGGAGGGCAGGUUCUCAAGAUCAUGACAUCUUGCAUUCGGGUGCAUCAAAAGGUCAUCAAAUGGAUUAUGGUUUUGGGAGUAAUGCAGGUCCACAGUUUCAAGAUGAAAGGUUGCUUCGUACACCUGUCCCUAAUUAUGAGAAUGGCAAUAGGCAUAAUGCAAGAGUACAGAAUAUGAGGGAUGUUAAUGUUUAUAAUGGUAGGGUGCAGAAUGCGAGGAAUGACCAUGUAUAUAAUGCAAGAGUUCAGAAAGUGAGGGAUGAAACUGAAUAUGAGACUGAAAUGCAUAGGCAUAAUGCAAGAGUGCAGAAUGUGAGGGAUGAAGCUGAAUAUGAGACUGAAAUGCAUAGGCAUAAUGCAAGAGUGCAGAAUGUGAGGGAUGGAGCUGAAUAUGAGACAGAAAUGCAUAGGCAUAAUGCAAGAGUGCAGAAUGUGAGGGAAGAAGGUGAAUAUGAGAUUGAAAUGCUUUUGCAUGAUGCAAGAGUCCAGAAUGUGAGCGAUGAGGCUGAAUAUGAGGCUGAAGUGCAUCGGCAUAAUGCAAGAGUGCAGAAUGAACUUGCAAUAUACAAUGCGAGAGGGCAAAAUGUAGGGGGUGAGCAUGGAUUAUUCAAUGCACGAGUGCAAAAUAGGAGGGAUGACAGUAGAUAUAAUGCAAGAGUGCAGAAUGACCAUGCAAUAUAUAAUGCUAGAGCGCAUAAUGUGAGGGGUGAGCUUGGAAUUUAUAAAUCACAAGAUAGAAUGGUAAAAAGAAGAUAUGAUAUUCAGGAGGAUGUAAGCGCUUACGAUUCUAGAACUAAUACUUCAGGUAAAUUGUACCCAGCCAGACAGUUUCAGAAUCUACAUGAAACCAAUGAAGAGUGGAUCAGCGAAGAGAUGAGUGAUUUAUAUACAUCCAGGACAACAGGAUUUCAAAAUAGUGGCUAUAGGAGGGCUGAGAGGAACUAUGAAGGACCAAACCAUAGUGAAGACUUUGUAUCGGAUGAAUGGCACUCAUCUCAGGAGUUGCCACAUCCACGAAAACAUUCAACUGGGUACUAUAAAAAUUAUGGUCGACAUAUAAAGAGUCAUCGAAGACCUGGCUAUUCAAGCCAAUAUAACUCCCACCCCUAUGAUAGAAAAAAUCAUAUUUACAGACAACAGAAGUUUUGGAAAAGAAAUGAUGGGUGUUAUGAAGACUUGCAUGAAGACAAAGACAAAAAUGAUGGUAAUCCAUCUGAAGAUUGGGUGACCCCUGAAGAAUCUGAGCCCAAUGAGGACUCUGAGGAGUUUAAGCUACUGGUACAUGAAGCGUUUUUGAAAUAUGCUAAAAGGUUGAGUGUGAACCCAGCUGUGCAGAGAAGAUACAGGGAAGACGGGAAAGCUGGUAGUUUGUUCUGCAUUGUAUGUGGAAGAAGUGCCUCAAAGGAGUUCAUGGACACUAGGCGUUUGGUUACACAUGCUUAUAUGUCUCACAAGGCUGGGUUGAGAGCAGAGCACCUGGGUCUUCACAAAGCAAUUUGUGUUUUGUUGGGAUGGAGCACUGUUGUUCCUGAUGAGACAAUUACGUGGGCUCCCCAGAUACUGCCCAAGUCAGAUGCUUUAGCCCAGAAGGAGGAUUUAAUUAUUUGGCCUCCUGUCAUUAUCAUCCACAACAUUUCUUUUUGGGACAAUGAUCCUGAGAAAUGGAAGGUUGUAACCGUUGAUGCACUUGAAGCCUUUAUAAGAGGAAAGGGUUUGAUCAAGGGACGAAUCAAAGUUUGCCUAGGGAAGCCUGCUGACCAAAGUAUCAUGGUGGUAAAGUUUUUGGGGACUUUUACUGGACUAGGAGAUGCAGAGAAGCUUCACAAGUUCUUCAUGGAAUGUAAGCGUGGGAGAGUAGAAUUCGAGUUAGCUACUUCGAACAAUGGCACAGUCAGCAUUAAUGGCGAAACAGGGAUUGAAGGAGGAAAGUUGGAGGAAAAUAUCUUAUAUGGGUACCUUGGGGUUUCAGAAGACUUGGACAAAGUAGAUUUUACUUCCAGGAACACUGGUUUGAUAAAGAGCAAAAUGGAGAUUCUGGACCUAGCAAAUGCUCCUGUCAAACCUGAGGAGACUUAGCUGAGCACCUAUAAAACUGAGCAAUAGUCGUAACCCACCCAUAAUGGAGCAAGAGGGAAAAAGAAAAAGAAGCCUUCUCUGUCUGCUGAUCUAAUCUCAUGUGCGUUUCUGUAGAAAAAAAAGUCUUCAAUCAUUCGAAGGUUACUUAAUAACAAAACGUGAUGUAAUUUGGGUUUCAGUUUUUCUAUAUAAACAUUUGUAUGUUUAUAACUAGACUUCCUAUGAAAAUUUCUUGUUAUAUUUUGAAUGGGUAGUAAAAAUUUCAAACAAAGUGAACGAUCA